AGAAUCAAAAAACAUAAUAAACUUAUUUAAUACAAAUAUCUGGGGUCUUUCCAAACGCCUGGCAGUGCUCCGCCUUCAGAUAUCUUUUAUCUCACUCUUGACAGUGAGGUUCAGGUGGGAUUUUGAUUGGGUGCGCAGACCGUUCAUGAACCAAUCACUGAGGACGUCAGUUGCCACCGGAGUUGCUGUCUCUAAACUUGAGCCCCAAUAAUCUACUACGUAAUGUACUAACAUGUAUUGCAGUCGUGAAGAUCGGUAGGCUUUUAUUAGACUUUGAGUGCAAUUGAACAGCCUGUUCACAUCUCUAAAUACUGUACAAUUUGUCGGCUUGGCGAAUUCGAUUUCUCUGAUCGACCAUGUCCAAUGACAUGGGGCAGCUUUUGGGCACUGAGAUCAACCUGAUGGAGAUGUCGGAAGGUGAAUACACACACCUCCAGCACCUCCUCCAGACGCAGAUGGACGGGCAGGCCACGGAGCAUGACGGCGUAGACGUCCGAUUCCCCGCAACUAUAUUCGGCCUCAGUGUGACCACUCAACCUGCGACAACUCAACCUGCGACCCCUAAAUAUGAUCCCGGAUUGGCAAAAAUGUUUACCUCCCCGACCAUCCAAGCUAUGGACCUUUCAACCUCAAACGAUGAGCAAUGUGUCAUCCCAGAUCUGAGGCUGAAUGAGACGGUGGACAUAGAGGAACUAGCCAUGGUCAUUUCCUGCAGUGGCAGUGGCCACUCUGGAGAAAAAACUCCUACUACUUGUGGCGAAGUGCCAGGCUCUGUGCUUGUUAGAGUUAAACGGGAAGCCGGUGAGACCCUGACCGAAGCACCUGCUCACGGUUGUGGAUUCUCACUGAACCGACCCCAUUCCUCUGCUAGAGUUUGUCUGGAGAAGAGGUUUAGCUGCAUGGCCGAGGAUGUCCCCAGACAGCAGGACACCCAGACGGCAGUUCUUACCAAUUUUUUGACGAUGCUUCAGCAAUCCACUGAAUCUCAAGAACCAAGCAUUCAUCAACAAAUGCAGAAGUGGAUGAAAUCAGAUCGAACUAAUCCCAUUGAGCUUUCAAACCCAUACGGAGGGGCCCUGUUCAACCCAAUCACUGGCGCUUUUGGACAUAUUUCACAUAUUGUUGAACCCAACAAGCAUCAAGGCCUGAUCAAUGCAAAUAACUUUUUAAGUUAUUGUCCAGAGAAAGCGGCUGCUAAGGGGCAAUGUGUCAACUGCACCAACCAAACAGAAGAACAGGAAUGGGUUAAAGUGGAAAAGGAGGCGGUGCCUACAGCCCCUGUAAAGCGCACCCGGUCCCGGAUCAUGAGGGGUCCCAGCGUGGCUUCUCAGGUAGAAGGCCCUAGAGCCGCUGUAGAGGCAGGGAGGAGUGGCAGGAAGAAGGCAGGCAACCCGGCUGAGAGUAGCCAGCGCAGAGAGAAACAUAACAGUAAAGAGAGGGACCGCAGGAGGCGGAUUCGCAUGUGCUGCAAUGAGUUGAACACCCUGGUGCCCUUCUGCAGACCAGACACGGACAAGGCCUCCACUCUGCAGUGGACCGCGGCUUACCUCAAGUACAUCGAGGAGGUGUACGGAGACUCACCCAAAGAGAACUUCCAGAGCACUUUCUGUGGUACGACCGGCCUCCGCAAGAAGCCCAGCACAGACUCUGACCACGUCCACCUCCACCAGGAGAUGGCAGGCACAGCAAGCACUGCUCUGGCAGCAGAACAGUGAAACCCCAACACUGCUCUCUUUAGUUAUCCAUAUAUCUAUGAAUUGAUAUCACAUCUUAGUGGCUGAGGUUUCAUCAACGUUGCUGUUCGACCAGAAAGCAUCAAGUAAAGACAAAUUCAAGGAAAAUGUGUGAGGAUGCAUUGUUAAAUUGUAAUAUUCCUUAUUACUUUAUUGCAUUAUUAUUUUGAAACUUCCUAUUUCCUAUAUUUUAUAUUAUAAUAGAUGUAUUCCCCAUUUUCCAAAUGUAGGGUUCAUCAGACAUGCCAAAUAAUAAUAAUUUUUUAAAGGAUAGGUAUCCCUUUUUAGUAGGGGUCUCUUUUGCAGACGGUAAGCAUUAGUGCCUUCAGCAGGUCUCGUUACUGUGAAUUACCAUCCGUUUUCUCCUUAAGACUUUAAAAAAAUUUCAUUUGGGUGCCGAAAUGCUUUUUACAGGACAUUGCGGAAAGUGAUAUGCAGGUGGCACUGUUUCGCAUUGAAAGACAAAUUACAGGGUGUACGAAACUUAUUUAUAGUAUUUAUUAUCAGUCAUGAUAUUUUGCCUCAAGGUGCGAAUUUAAGAAACAGAAUCCAAUUGCAUUGUACAUCCGUUACAUUUAGCAAAUAUUUAAAGAAAAUGUUAAUUUGUGUUCAAUAAUUUUUCAUGUGAUUCUUCUGUCCUGGUUGUAUUCAAUUGAAAGUAAAUGUUACUGCUUUUAUGUAAUGGCUUCGCUUUAUUCUUUAUGGGUUGAUUGGUAUAGAUUAUCUUGAUUUACAGAAGAGUAAUGUUUUACUGAAAAGUGGCUUUAUUUGUUAUUUCUCACAACAUGACGCUGUAGCAUCUUACUGUACAUACAACAGUCACCCACCAAUAAUAAAUAUUAUUUAAACGCAUGUAUAUUUAAUUGGUACUGCACCAGUAUUACAUAGUGGAUGUGGUCAUUGGCGAACUGAAAAAAGAAAACUUCCAUCAAUUCUUCAAUCUCAAUUCGUCAUCCACAUCCUAGAUAAUUAAAUAUCAAAACUUGAUUGAAGGUAAAUUGUAUGAACUUAAAGCUGUAAUAAAACAAACAUAAACAUAAAAACCUAGACUGCCAAAAAAAGACUAGUAAGAGUUAGAAAUCUUUUGCAUUAAUAUACAAAAAUUCUGGGCCUUGGGUUUUCCUUUUUUUAAUUUUAGUUACAAAAUUACAAAUAGUCAAGACUAGCCUCUCAACACUGGCACCAAUCUCUAUAUAUUACAUUGUGUAUCUUGACUUUUGAGGUAAAUGGAAUGGUACCUGGAAUGACCAUUCAUAGACCGUGAUACUUGUACAUAAAGGACAAUCACAGUACUGCUGAAGAGCACCAUCUGUAACGGGGGCUAACGGUUGGUGUUAUUUCUUU